CUCUCUCAAGUUACAGAAUGGAUCGUGGGAACUACCGACGUGGUGGCGGUCAUGAUAACGCCGGCAGAGGUGGAGGUAACCGUGGUCGAGGACAAGGCCGUGGUGGUGGAAGGGGUGAGCCUCAGAUCGGAGGUGGAAGGGGUGGGACCCACAUCGGUGGUGGGUCCCAAAUGGGUCAGCCUCCACAGCAAUGGGGGAAUCAGCCGAGGGGAUCGGGUCAAUACCAGAUUCGUGGUGGGGCUCCGCAAAAUCAACCGGGUCAAAACUAUCCGGUUAAUCAGAAUCCGGGUCGUGGUGGUACUUGGGUAAACCAACCGGUUCAACGUGGUGGUGGUGGUGGGGGUAGCGCUUGGCCACGGCCACAACAGCAGGGUAGUGGCGUUCCAAACACUACUUGGCCCCGACCACCACCGCAGCAACAGGGUAGUGGUAGUGGAGUUGCUAAUGCUUGGGCCCGGCCACCGCCGCAGAGGAGUCAGCAGCAUGGUGGUGGAAAUCAGCAGCAGGUUGUGGAUCGUUCUCCUCCUCAAUCUUCUGAUCCUGUUCAAGUUGAUCUGGGGUCCCUGAAAAUUACAGAUCAGAGUCCAUCAUCUCGACAAGAAAGUUCCAAGGAAAAACGUGUACCUAUUGCACGACCUGAUACUGGAAAAAUUGCUGUCAAGUCAAUUGCGCUGCUUGCUAAUCAUUUUCCUGUUAGAUUUAAUCCCCAGUCUACCAUUAUGCAUUAUGAUGUGGAUAUUCAACAGAGGGCUGAUGGGAAUCGGCCUGUGAAGAAGCUAACAAACAAGUCUGUUCUCCAUAUGAUAAGAGAAAAGCUGUGUGCGGAUGACCCUACACGAUUUCCCCUAGAUAAAACUGCAUAUGACGGUAAGAAGAACAUUUUCAGUGCUGUUCAACUUCCUACUGGGUGUUUUGCUGUGAACUGGUCUGACGGGGAAGAUGCUAGGUUACGCUCUUAUGACAUUACCAUCAAGCUUGUUGCUGAAUUAAAACUUUGCAAGUUGAAAGAAUAUUUGAGUGGAAGCCUAUCACAUAUUCCUCGUGAUAUACUACAAGGAAUGGAGUUGGUUAUGAAAGAAAAUCCUACUAGGUGCAGGACUUCUGUAGGUCGUUGUUUCUACUCUAAUGAGCACCUGCCCGACCAUGACUUUCGUUUUGGUGUUGCUGCAUAUAGAGGUUUUCAACAGAGCCUAAAGCCUACAAAAGGAGGGCUUGCGUUGUGCUUAGAUUACUCGGUCUUGGCACUCCGGAAACCAAUGCCAGUGCUAGACUUUCUGAAGGAAUAUUUAGGAGAAUCUAACGAAAAUACCUUCAGGAACAACAUUCGAGCUGCAAAGGGUGCAUUGGUUGGUUUGAAAGUCAGGGUAAUUCAUCGUCGUACAAGCCAGAAGUUUCUUAUUAAGCAGCUAACUGACUGCAAGACUCGUGAAAUUACUUUUCCCCUUGAAGAUCCCGAAGGCAUAAAUCCCCCGAGGGAUGUUCUUCUUGUUGACUACUUCAGGGAUAAAUAUCAGCGCGAGAUUCAGUUCAAGGAUUUUCCUUCAUUAGAUAUUGGAAAAGGUAAUAAGAAAAACUAUGUCCCGAUGGAAUUCUGUGUCUUGGUUGAGGGACAACGGUAUCCCAAGGAGGAUUUGGAUAAAGAUACUGCCUUGUUUCUGAAGAACAUAUCACUAGCUCGACCCCAAGAUAGAAGGCAGGCAAUUUGUGAAAUGGUACGGGCUGGAGAUGGGCCGUGCGGGGCUGUCACCCGCAAUUUUGAUAUUGGAGUUGAUAGGAACAUGACCCGUGUUCCGGGUCGUAUUCUUCCUCCCCCUGAUUUGAAGCUAGGCGGUCAAAAUCGACUUCCUGUGAAUGAUAAAUGCCAGUGGAACCUUGUUGGGAAAUCUGUGGUGGAAGGCAAGGCGCUUCAGCGAUGGGCUUUGAUAGAUUUUAGCGCUCAGGAUCGCAAACCCUUCUUUAGGCUACGAGUUGAUGAAUUUGUCUUCAGAUUGAAAGAUCGGUGCAGAAAAUUGAGUAUUAAUAUGGAAGAACCUGCUGUAGUACAUUUCACUGACAUGCAUGUACUCUCUGAAGUUGGCAAGGUUCAUAAACUUCUCGAUGGUGUGGUUAAUGCAGCUAAACGGGAAAUCAAUGGUAAACUUCAAAUGAUAGUUUGUGUUAUGACAUCAAAGCAUAAUGGGUACAAAUAUCUUAAAUGGGUAUCUGAGACACAAAUUGGCGUAGUAACCCAGUGUUGCUUGUCUACUAAUGCCAACAAGGGACAGGAUCAAUAUCUUGCAAACCUGUGUAUGAAGAUCAAUGCAAAACUUGGGGGCAGCAAUAUGGAACUUAUGGAUAGACUCCCUAAUUUUGGAAGAGAAGACAAUGUCAUGUUCAUUGGAGCUGAUGUUAAUCAUCCUGCUGCAAAGAAUGUGACAUGUCCAUCCAUAGCAGCCGUUGUUGCCACCGUCAACUGGCCAGCUGCUAAUAGAUAUGCUGCUAGAGUUUGUCCUCAGGUUCACAGGACUGAGAAGAUUCUAGAGUUUGGAAAGAUGUGUGCAGACCUAGUUCAUACUUAUAAGGAAAUCAACUCUGUUAAACCAAACAAAAUUGUUGUUUUCCGUGAUGGUGUGAGUGAGGGUCAGUUUGAUAUGGUACUCAACGAAGAGUUGCUUGAUUUGGCGAAGGCUAUAUACGACAGUAACUAUCAACCAGCAAUUACUCUUGUUGUGGCUCAGAAGAGACACCAUACACGGCUAUUUCCUGAGGGUGGCCCUGCCAAUGUGCCUCCUGGUACUGUUGUGGAUACAAUAAUUGUUCAUCCCUCUGAUUUUGACUUCUAUCUUUGCAGCCACUUUGGAGGGUUGGGUACCAGCAAGCCAACUCACUAUCAUGUUCUAUGGGAUGAUAAUGGUUUCAAUUCUGACAGCUUACAAAAGCUUAUAUACAACAUGUGUUUCACUUUUGCGCGGUGCACUAAACCUGUCUCACUUGUUCCACCAGUUUACUAUGCAGACCUUGUUGCUUAUAGGGGACGGAUGUUUCAAGAGGUGCUUAUGGAGAUGAACUCUCCUAGCUCUGCAACUUCAUCUUCUCCAACUGCCUCAUUUCAACAAAAAUUUUAUGAUUUGCACUCUGAUUUGCAGAACGUAAUGUUUUUCGUCUGAUGCCACCUUGUUGAUCUCCUUCACCAUUCCCACACUGGGGAGGGAGAUACGGUUGUCUACAUUUUGGAGAUGCCCAUUUCCAAACGCAUUUGAACCUCCUUUCCGUUGGACAUUGCAAAGGAGUUUGUGCGUGAAUCUAAUGGGGUUUCAUGCUUCUUUUACUUUUCUAUUGUGUGAGUUUAAUCAUUGACGUUUGAUUGUGUUUUAUCUGCUUUGGGGGGUCUCUGGAGGCCACUCCCAAAUAUGUCUACUGCUUAAAUUGUGUGAUGUUUUGUAUUAUGUAUUUCUGAGACGUGUCUUAAUAUUAAUAUAUUUGUGUUUGAGCUA